AUGGGGGUGAGUCCGCCUCGCAAUCGGGUUUUCGGACACGUCGAUGUCCAGCAUCCGACCAUCUCGUGCUUAGGUUUCGCGUCCUUUCUCCCGGACAACCCCAACAUGUGCUGCCCACGAUUUCUCGGAGCCCUGCGCCAGUCACCUGUAAACCUGCCAGGCUGGAUGCCAAGAGGGAUCACCACAGUCUGCAAUUCGCCUCGCUUCACCCAACCGGCAGAAUCCAAAAACCAGAAAAUGACCACGACGUUGUCGAGCGACAACAACGACCUGGUCUCGCUAUUCGCCCAUGACCAACACAACCUCACUCCCCGUUUCGCUUCUCGCCUCGACAACGUACUCACAGCUCGCUCCGAAGCCAUGAGUCCUUCAAGCACCGAGCUGUCGGACGAUUCGACGCUUACCAACGACGAUCUAGUCGUUCUCAGCGACCUUUUUGGCUUCACAAAUUCGGGAUCAACCUCCUCCACUACUAAACCGAAACGAGCCACUCCCGCUCGUCCUCGAAGCCGCAAACGUCCUCGCAAGACCAAAAACGUUACGGAAGACGGCACGGUUCUUCCCAAGUCGCAGCAACAACGCCAGAAGCUCGAGAUCGAGUACUUGAAGAGACAAGUCGUCGAGUUGCAAGCUACGAUCGAAGAUCUGCAAUUGCGAAAGCUCGAGAGAGUACGUCGGGAGCAAAGGCGAGAGGAAAUCAAGAUUGAACGAAACAACGAGUGGGCGGCCGUCUCGAUGAGUCAAAUCUCCACUGUGCAGCAACUCGAGGAGCAGAACGAGAAGCUGCGAUGCCAAGUGGCAACGCACCUCGGACAGCUCCAGCAGCUCGAGCAACUGGCUAGAACCCGUUACCUGGCGAACGCUAUGCCCGAACCGAUACCACACCCUACCUCGACCUACUACUCCUCAUCUUGCUAACGAGAACAUUUUCAUUUAACGCCAAUAGAGUCAGAUUUACUUAUCCA